AUGACGGUUCCCGUCGGCCCGUGGUACGAUGCGGUGGCCGACCCCGACUUCUUCGAGCACUUCGGCCGCCAGCGCGGGGUCUUGCUCGAGAUCCCGUGCUACGACGACCAGCGCAUUGAGCAGGGCACCAUGAUCGUGGAGCUCACCUCGGUCUCGGUGGCCUCCUCCCAGGGGCGCUGGCUCGAGGCGAAGGGCGUGGCCACCAGCGACCCGUACUACGAUUGGUGCGUCCUCGACGCACCAGCUGGCACGCGGCCGCCUGAGCCACAGGCGAUCCACUUUGGUCGGGGUGGCCCGAACCACUGCGCCAGCAUGAAGACGGGCCAUGACUACGCUGCCCAUUUCUCCAAGGCGAGGGUCGUCUCCAUUGAAGGGCUCACGCGUGGUGCAAUCCCGUGGGCUGCCAAGUCACCCGCAGCCGAGCAGGUGGAAACCGACCUGGCGGGGAAGGGCAGUGGCGGCCGCCCAGCCCUGCCGCCCAGCGGCUUUCCUGCAGGAGCUGACGGCGACGAGCUCUUCGAUGUUGAUGAUGUUGGUGUACCCCUUGCCGACGGCAGGGGAGAUCGAGGCGACCCAGGUGGCGAGGGCAUGCAGGACAGACUGGCCGUGCUUGCACGGGAUCUUCUCGAAGGAGGUGGACAGCGGCGCGGGCGUUCGCGUGCCCGCCGGAGUCAGGAAGAGCCCACUGGGCGAGAGGAGCGGCCGAGGCAAUGCUUGUUCGGGCAGGGUGGCGCGGUGGAGAUCGGGUCGCCCCUCGUGCGUCCGGCCGUGCACCGCCUCCAGCCGAGGGAGAUCGUCGGCACGCUACCCCCGUCAGGGGAGAUCCGACGCCCGCGCCCUGGCCACGGAGCAGGCAGCGCCGUCGCCGUUCUUGCACGUGUGGUGGUGACCGGGGACCCUUUGGUGUCGGCGGAGGCCGUCUUCAGCUCGAGCUUGAGAUCGCGCUUGCGGGGCCGGAGGAGGUGGGCACGAUCCGGUUCUCGGUCGUAUUUUCGCGACGCCCCUCCCUCCUGCAGUUGGAGCAAGCAGCUCCAGCUGGUGGCCUACGCCCAGAGGUAUCUGGGCCGUCUGGCGGCGCGCCUCCUCCUCAAGAUGGGGGCCAUUGUCAGCAAGGGGGGAGGGGCGAUGUGCGCAAGUCUGGGCUGA